AUGGUUUCCGCAACUGCUGCUUUUGCGCUGCGCGUGUCCGCUGGUGCAGUGGAGGGAAUACGUGGAAAGGCGAUUCAAGAUGCGUUUCUGGGUACUAUUGCUUCAAGUCCAGGUAACCUCCUACUACUACUUUUCUUCACCCAAAUCAUUACUUUCUUAGUUCAGCAAAUAAAAAAAGCUAACAACCCCUUCUCCAGCGACUCCUACUCGCAAUGCAUCCCGGGCACCGAUCCCAAUGCCCCAACUCCAACCUCCCCCGGCGGCUCUUCCCCCUCAGGCGGACCAGGAACGACUCUCCAAAAGGGCUAUUACUGGAUCCGCGCAGUGGCCGACCCGAAUUUCCAUAAAUACCUGCAGACAAAACCGCAAUAUGUGCCUGGGACCGCCAUCCUGGACUCAUAUACUUCAGCAGGCCAAUUCCAGAUCGUCGACGGGCAGCUUGAACAACUAAUAACAGACGGCCUCCUCUACGCCAACGUACAACCCGCCCCCGACGCCUCAGCCAACAAACUCUCCGUAACCUUCAACACUACUAAGAACGCAUACGGAACCUUCGCAUUCAGCGGUGAUGCCGUCCAGUGGAGCCAUCCUGAUGUCAAGAGGCAGAAUCUGAGCGCCUGGUUGGUAUGCGCUGCGCAGACUCUCUGGAUUAAUCUGGGCGCUUAUGGGUAUAUGACGCCGGCGGGAUGUGCGGACCAGACGAUCGAUCGAUACCAGACGCAUGAGUAG